CUCAUUUGGUCUGCAGUUGACUAGAGAAAAUAUUUGGCGUCAGUAUGCUUUGGUGAUAGUUUUGUGUGUUUCGUGUAUUAAACUUUUAUAAUAAAACAAAAAACUUUUUAUCAAAAAUCUUAUAUAUAUUUCGAAAUUGUCGAUUUAUAUAUAUUUUUUUCUUCAUUUAUAACUUGACUAGGUCAAAAAAAAAAAAAAAACAAACAAAUCAAAAUUUUUUAGACACAAGAACAAUUCAUCAAUUGACAUAUAUAUUUUAUUAUUAUUUUUUUUUUAAAUGUGUUUGUAAAAAUAAAAAAAAAAUAUAAACUUUUAAAGAUUUUUGAAAAAGUUAUUUCUUUUUGUUUUUUUAAAAAAAAAAAGAUAAAGAUAACUAUUUUCGAUUUUUUUUUUUUAAACUAAUAAAAUAUUUAUAAAAAAAAAAGAAGAAAUGAAAAAAUAAGAUAGUAUAUCAACCAUGUCAAUUAUCGGCUUUUUCGUUGUGCUGAUUUUAAUGGCAACAGUAUCGAUUGGCAAUGCAUUACCAAAGCCUAUUAAAAUUGGAGCAAUAUUUCAUCAUGGUGAAGAAGAAAAUGAAAGAGCAUUUUUAAAUGCAAUAAAAGUUUUAACUGAUGAAAAUAUUGCACCAAAUUUUAUCUUUGAGCCAGUUAUUGAAUGGGUUAAAUCUGAAAUGGAUAGUUUCAAGACUGAAGCAAGUGCAUGCAAGUUACUGAGUGAAGGUGUGGCUGCAAUAUUCGGACCUGGUAAUUCUCAUACACGUGAUAUUGUCACAAGUAUAACAUCAAAGUAUGGAAUACCACAUAUUAUGUACACAUUUCAACGGGUCGAUGAUCCUCCACUUCCCUUUACAACAAUUAAUGUUUAUCCAGAUAGCAUGAAAAUAUCAGAAGCACUUUCUUCACUUUUGGAUGCAAUGAAUUGGAAAGAAUUCACAGCAAUGUAUGAAGAUGACGAUGGAUUAUCUCGUCUUCAUAAAUUACUAAUGAAACAUGGACCAAAAGAUUUACCAAUUACAGUUCGUCAAUUGAAACCUACCUAUGAUAUUAAAACAAAUGAACCAAAUUAUCGUCCCCUAUUAAAAGAAGUUGCAAAUUCAACAUCAUUCAAUGUUAUACUUGAUGUUAAACCAGAAAACUUGUUGAUUAUAUUAAAACAAGCUGGAGAGGUUAAACUUCUCAAGGAUUAUUACAAUUACAUCAUAACAUGUUUGAACACUCCAACUGAAGAUCUUCUGAAGGUUUUAAAUGGAUCUGGUGCAAACCUGACUGCAAUACAAAUAAUCACAGAAAACCCUUAUCAGCUACAAACGGUUGAAAGUGCUUUGAUAUUUGAUUCAGUAUUUUUAUUAAAUGAUGCAUUGGAUGCUCUGAAACAUUUGAACAAUGGAGAUGGACAAUUGACAAUUGAACCACAAAAAUUAUUCUGCAAUGAAAGUAAUAAAUAUGAGGCUGGCUACAACAUUUCAUUUUUGAUGAAAGAGAAAAAAACAAUUGGAAGAACAACAGGUCCAUUAGAAUUUUAUAAAAAUGGAGGAGGUAGAUUAUUUAGAAUGAAAUUUUUUGAAUUUCACAAUGACAUUGCAGUUGAAUCUGGAUCUUGGGAAAAUGGUACAUUGAUCGUAAUGAGAACCCAAAAAGAACGUGAAGAAUCAGUUACUAAAAGUAUUGAACAAAGAACAUUCAAAGUAACAACAAAACCAGGACAUCCUUAUGCAAUCGAGGUUAUUGAUGGUUCAACAAGAGGAAUUUUAAUUGAAAAUAGACGCUGGGAGGGAUAUUCAUUCGAUCUUAUACACGCGAUAUCAGAAUUAUUAAAAUUUAAAUAUGAAUUUGAAAUUGUACCUGAUGAACAGUAUGGUAAAUAUAGUCAAGACACAAAACAAUGGAAUGGACUUAUUGGUCGUCUAUUAAAUCGAGAAGCAGAUAUGGCAAUAUGUGAUUUGACAAUAACCAAAGCACGUGAGAGUGCUGUUGAUUUUACAAUGCCAUUUAUGAAUCUUGGAAUAGCAAUUUUAUUUGCAAAAGCUGACAAUAAAGAACCAGAAUUAUUUACAUUUUUAUCACCAUUUUCACCUGAUGUUUGGGUUUACAUGGCAACUGCAUAUCUUGCUGUAUCAGUAAUGCUUUUUAUUCAAGCAAGAAUGGCACCAGGUGAAUGGGACAAUCCUCAUCCAUGCACAACUGAUCCAGAAGAGCUUGAAAAUAAUUUUGAUCUAGCAAAUUCAUUGUGGUUAACCAUUGGAUCACUUAUGCAACAGGGCUCUGAUAUUCUACCAAAAGCAGCGUCAAUUCGUAUGGUUGCUGCAAUGUGGUGGUUUUUUGUUCUUAUCAUGGUGUCAUCUUACACUGCUAAUCUUGCUGCAUUUUUAACAAAUGCUGCUAGUGAAGCAACAAUCAACAACGUUGAAGAACUUGCUGCACAAAGUAAAAUAAAAUAUGGCAUGAUGGAUGGUGGAUCAACUGCUGGAUAUUUUUCAAAUUCAAAUGUAUCAACUUAUUCAAGAAUGUGGCAAACAAUGAGUGAUGCUAAACCAAGUGUAUUUACAAAAUCAAAUGAUGAAGGGGUUGAACGUGUAAGCAAGGGAAAACGUACAUAUGCGUAUUUUAUGGAAUCAACUGGUAUUGAUUAUGCUGUUGAACGUGAUUGUAGUCUUCAAAUGGUUGGAAGUUUAUUGGACAAUAAAGGAUAUGGAAUUGCUGUACCACCAAAUUCACCAUAUCGUACACAAUUGAGUGGUGCAAUAUUGACACUACAAGAAAAAGGUAUAUUAUCACAAAUAAAAGAAAAAUGGUGGAAACGAGGUAGUUUAAAUUGUUCAAAAGAUUCAACAGCACCAGCAUCUGGUGAAUUAACAAUGGCACACGUUGGUGGUAUAUUUCUUGUUUUAUUUAUUGGAUGUGCAUUUGCUGUGGUACUUGCUAUAUUUGAAUUUAUUUGGAAUGUUCGAAGAGUUGCUGUUGACGAAAAGAUUACACCAGGUGAAGCAUUUAUGGCCGAAUUUAAAUUUGCAUUAAAUAUUUGGGCUGAAGAAAAACCCGUUAAAAUAGCACAAAGUAGCAAAAGUCGUAGUAGUUCAAGUGGUGGAGGUGGAGGUGUUGGAGGUUUUGUCAGAGCAGCUUCAACAGCACGUUCAAUGGUUGGUUCAUUUCUACGACUUGAUUCAUUGGAUAAUUUGGACAAAGAUAAAGAUAAUACACCAAAAAGAACAACUAAUAAUUUACCAUUGUAAUUAAAUUUUUGGUUUUUGAAUUAUUCUAAUCAACAUGAUAAUAUUUGUGAUAUAUAGAUGCUUUUUAAAUUAAUAAUUAUAAUAAAUUUUAAAUUUUUGUUAUAAAUUGAAUUUUUUUUUUCUUCUUUAUAAUUGAGUGAAAAAUAGUUGAGUGAAGCAAUAAUUGAAUAGCAAAUAUGAAUAUUUAAAAAUAAAAAAUAAUAAAGCAUCAAUAAAAUGACAAUUAAUAUUAAUUAAAAAAAUUGAAAAAAAAUAUAAAUAAAUAGAUGAUUAUUGGUGAGAAAUCAUUGAAAGUUUGAUGCUUUCGAGUUUGCCGACCGGAUACGCGGCAUCGUUCUUGGUCUAAAUAACCGUGCGAGAAAUACGAAACCACCGUGGUAUUAAUUAUGUUCAAGCCGACGUAUUAAUUGCUUCGUUCUUGAAAGUCGAUAUAGCUGUAUAUAUUGCCUUUUGGUUAUUAUGAUUAAAUGUCAAUAUAUACAUAUAUAUACUUUGAAACUUGAAUAAUCAUAUUCAUUCAUAAUCAUCAUUCAUAUAUAUAUUUAUUAAAAUUUAUUUAUAAGAAACA